AUGGCUGUAUCAUCGACAACAGCAACAGUGUACAUUUCCGGGCAAAAAUUCCCGACUCCGAACCCCAGAAAUGGCAAUGCCUUUUUAACUUCGGUCUCAUUCGCAUCAAAACAAGGUAGAUUUUACAUUAGAAGCUCUAAUGAUGGAGCAGCCGAGAGUACUGCAGCUACUGAGGUCGAAGAUUCAGAGAAUUAUAUUGAAGUUCCGGGAGGGGCUCCGUCUUUGAUUUCUGCUCUCAAUGUGGAGAGAGCUCUUCGUGGCAUACCGAUUACAGAUGUGGAUCACUACGGCAGACUUGGGAUUCAAAGAAGAUCUUCAUAUGAAGAGGUUACAGCUGCAUAUAGAAACAGGGUCGAAGAGCUACUGAAUCAGGGGCUUGAUGAAGCAGAAGUCAGGGAAAAAAUGGAACUUCUAAAGGAAUCCUACACAAUUUUAUCCUCUAAAGAUGAGAGAAGGAUGUACGAUUGGAGCUUGGUCAGGAGCGAGAAGCCAGAAAGAUACAUGUGGCCUUAUGAAGUGGACUUCACCCCAACCGCACCUCCUCCACCAAUGGAACCAGAGGAUGAGGGACCGACAAGAUUGGUUGGAUACUUUGCAAUGGCUUGGUUAAUCCUAGCCGUCACGCUAUCCAUUGCCCUUAACAGAUAA